AAGUCACGUUUUCUUCCUCGAACAUGGCGAGCAUGGAAGGAGCUGGUUCCCCGAGAGGAGGAGGACACAGUGAGCCCUGGGGAGGAGACCGUGGAGACCCUGCUGGGCCUGGUCCGCAGCCCCCAGUCCCCCUGGGCCCUGCUGCAGGGCUCCAGUGCAGAAGACAUUUUUCUGAGAGAACUGGCCAUCCAAAAUCCACUGAGGGUCAAAGACACCUUCUUCUACUCCUACUUUCGGUCCCUGCGGGUGGUGGACAAGGGGGUGACCCUGGUGGAUAAAGACCUCCUGAAAUUUCUAAAGCUGGAAGAGUUGAUAUUGAGUGCCAAUCGAAUCAAGGAGGUCAAUGCCGCCAAUCUGCCUCUGACACUCAAGGUGCUGGAGCUCUACGGGAACGAGCUGAGCAGCAUGGAGUGCCUGUGUGCCCACCCGCCCCCCAGCCUCCAGCACCUGGGGCUGGGCCACAACAAGCUCCUGGGCCCCAUGGAGAGCCUGUAUGUCACCGCCGAUCACUGGCCCAACCUUGUCUCUCUGGACCUGGGCUUCAAUGACCUGACAGACCUGCAGAGCAUGGUCGCCAGCCUCAGGACUCUCAGGCACCUACGGCUGCUGGUCCUGCAGGGGAACCCGCUGGCCCUGGUACCCUACUACCGCGGCCUCACCAUUGACAGCCUGGCCUGGCUCUGCGUGCUGGAUGACAUCACCGUGACCCCCAAUGAGAGGCAUCAGUUCCGGGGGCUCAGCCUCAGUGGCGAUCUCCUGGCACACGAGGCGCAGUUUGUGGUGACCAUUGGAAAUAUCAGAGGGGUUCUGGACACCUCUGUCUUGGACCCAGAACCUGGGCCUGAAGGCCCCUUUAUCACUUACAGCUAUUACGUGACCUACGAUUUUCUGGAAGACGAAGAAGGCGAAGGGAAUGAGUAUGCGGGCGUGCUGGCCGAGAUCGUCAAGCCCUCACUCAGCUCAGAAUUAGCAGUCGAGGAGUUUCAUGAGGAGGUCAUUGAAGAGGUCAACGGAGACAUCGAAGAGUCUCCAGAGUCUGAAGCAGUGGAUUCAGGAGAGUCAGAGUCGUCUGAGGUCUCGGGCCGGCUGGCGGUUUUGCCGAGGUUGACAGACUCUGCGGAAGAGCUGGCAAAGUUGCGACCACACAUAGAUCCCAGGCUCUGCCCGUCCCCGGGGACAGUCCUCUUCAGCACCGUCCGCAAACCGUGGGCCGACGUCAUUCCCUGCAACUAUGAGAUGCAGCACACGCUCAGGGACCUGGUGCCACUGAAGGCCUUCCUGCUGGCGGGGACCACCGUGACCAUCGUGGAGGAGAAGAUUCUCUCCUGGCCCGUGGUCCCACCUGCCGUCGACAGUCCCCUGCCUGCCAAGAAGGAAAAAGGAGAGAAAGACAAGAAAGGAAAGGAGAAAGAUGAGCGAGAGAGAGGGAAGAAGGAGCCUGCCAAGGAGCAAAAGGGGCCCAAGAAGAAGAAGGAGCUUCCCAAGAACCUCUGCCAGGACCCUCCCGUCCUGCGGGUGCUGGGGAACGGCCUGGUGGCCCUGGAGCCCCUGCUUGCCGGGGAGCCCGUGGUGUCCGCCGUGUGCAACUUCGGGGUGGUCCGCACCCUGGCAUCUGACAAGCUGACGCUUGCCAGGGAUUCAAAGAAGACGAAGAAAGCUGCCAAAAAAGGUGGGUGCUGA